GGCUUGCGACAAUACAGAAUUCAUACCGAGAUUUGCAUCGCAUACUUUAUAAGUACACAACGAGAGUCAGGGCCUUGACAAAUGCUUUGCUGCGCGUAGUUGCAGACUCGCGCGCUACAUUCGUGACCUCUGGCCUAUCGUAGCUCCUUGUAUGUGGAUGCUAACAAGCAUUGGCCCCUGGUGGAGUUAGCAGAAGAAUGUCAGUUUCACGCGUGCGUGCGCCUAGAAGGUGCACAUAGUGUUUUUCCUGUGUGGCGAGGCUUGCACUUCAAGCUGUCCCACGUCCGGGCGUCACCGGGCACCGCAGAAUGCCGUCGGUCGCGCUCGUCCGUGGUGAAAUGACGCUGUGAAUACUUAUACAGAAAGGACAGCGUCCAGUAUACGUAUCUGGUCUUAAGAUGCACAUUCAAGCUAGGGGUUCCGUGCAGCUGCUGGUUGUGGUGCUGCUGCUGCUGGCGCACGCGCACUCGUCAGCGGCUGACUUCGCCGGCUACCCCUACUGCACCACCUCCCCCACGGGCACGUGCCAGCCCUGUGAAGUCUCAUCGUCUGGCUCCUCAGACGUGCCUUGCACGACGGGCGACGCCUUCGGCGACGACCCCGCCAUAUGCACCGCCUACUUCUCACCCAACUACCCAAACAACUUUGGCGGCGCGGACAAGUGCGCGACAACGGGCGGCGGCAGCAGCACGGCGUGGCGCGCGGAGGUGUUCGCGGCCGACCCGGCUGGCGGUGGUGCCCCGGAUAUCCGUGUGGGCGAGCUGCAGGCGUGGGAGGACACCUCCGGAUACAUGGUCGUGGGCUUCAUGCCGCAGUGCCCCUACGUGCUGGACCUGUCUGCGGGGGCCGGCGGCCCGCUGACCAUAUCAAUCACCGACACAGCCAUCAGCGGCGGCGCCACGCAGGGCAGCUGGAGCACCAGCAUUGGAAGCGUGGCGGCGGCCGCCGCGGCAGUGGCGGGCGGCGGCGGCGUGCCUACUGACGGCGGGGGCAAUGUGCCGUACCUGUCAUGUGCGGGCUGGCGGUUCCAGAUCCGUGGGACUGGCGCGGGUCAGCUGGCGGGCGCCGCAUGCCAGCCCUACAAGCGCACCGUGACCCUGACGGCCAAGCUGGUGACGGUGGCUCCGGCCGGCACGGGUGUGUGUGGCGUGCUGAGCUCCGUCAGCAGCAACAUUAGCCUGAGCCUGACCUACGUCUACAGCGCCGGCCUGUCGCCGCCGCCGCCCACCCCGCCUUCACCCGCACCGCCCUCACCGGCACCACCGCGUCCGCCGGGCACACCGCCGCCCUUGGCCCCGCCACCGCCGGACUUGCCGCCAAGCCUUCCGCCGCCUCCCAGUCCCCCACCCAGGCCCUCUCCGCCGCCCAGCCCGCCCCCGGCACCACCUCGGCCGCCCUCUCCGCCUCCGCUUCCCCCCAGCCCGUCUCCACCACCCCCGCUUCCGCCCUCUCCACCUCUCCCACCUGUCCCUCCAAGCCCGCCUCCUCCAUUGCCACCAUCACCCAUGCCUCCUUCACCGCCGCCUCAACCGCCCAGCCCGCCGCCCACACCGCCGCGGCCGCCCUCACCACCAAACCCCUUCCCACCACCGCCACCUAGCCCCAAACCACCCUCGCCGCCACCGAACCCUUUCCCGCCGCCCAAGCCCCCUCGGCCGCCGCCGCCCACACCACCCAGUCCCCAGCCACCCAGCCCCGAGCCACCUAGCCCGGCGCCCCCCUCGCCACCACCUUCUCCUGCUCCCCCGUCUCCCAUGCCACCAUCUCCCUUCCCUCCAUCGCCACCUCCGAGCCCAUCACCGCCGCCGUCGCCACCGCCCAAGCCCCCGUCACCCGCACCUCCCAGCCCCGCGCCGCCGCAACCGCCCUCUCCCCCGCCGUCUCCGCGCCCGCCCAGCCCUAGUCCACCCUCUCCACGACCGCCCAGCCCCAAUCCUCCCAGUCCCAAGCCACCAUCCCCGUUUCCACCUUCGCCCAAACCGCCAAGCCCGGCUCCUCCGAGCCCCUCUCCACCAAGCCCUUUCCCGCCGUCGCCACCUCCCUCUCCGCCUCCGCUGCCGCCAAGCCCCCACCCGCCGAGCCCAGCACCUCCCAGCCCCGCGCCUCCGAGCCCUGCGCCGCCCAGCCCUUUUCCUCCAAGUCCGCCUCCCUCGCCGGAGCCACCUAGCCCCGCGCCACCUUCCCCGGCACCUCCUAGCCCAGCACCGCCAUUGCCACCCUCUCCACCGCCCUCUCCACGUCCGCCCAGCCCCAACCCCCCCAGCCCCAAGCCGCCUUCCCCGCUACCACCGUCACCAAGGCCGCCGUCGCCGUUCCCGCCAUCGCCCAAUCCGCCCAGCCCUACGCCUCCAUCUCCACCUCCGCUUCCGCCCAGCCCUGGGCCGCCGCUGCCCCCGAGUCCGGCCCCACCCAGCCCGGCUCCCCCGAGCCCGGCACCACCAUCGCCACCUCCCAGCCCGGAACCGCCCAGCCCCGCGCCUCCCAGGCCACCUAGCCCGGUGCCACCCAGCCCCGCGCCACCCAGCCCCUCACCUCCCAGCCCACCGCCCAGCCCGGUACCACCCAGCCCCGCCCCGCCGUCCCCUGCGCCACCGUCCCCGGCCCCUCCCAGCCCGCCCCCGAGUCCCCGGCCCCCGAGCCCGUCGCCACCCAGCCCUCCUCCCUCACCUGCGCCUCCUAGUCCGGCACCUCCCAGCCCUUCUCCUCCCAGCCCAGCGCCCCCGAGGCCGCCGCCCAGCCCAGUGCCCCCUUCCCCAGCGCCCCCGAGCCCGGCACCCCCCUCUCCCUCUCCUCCCUCACCGCCACCCAGCCCCGCGCCACCCAGCCCUGCGCCGCCCUCCCCGGCGCCUCCCAGCCCCGCUCCGCCGCGGCCACCGCCCAGCCCCGAGCCGCCGAGUCCGUCUCCUCCCUCACCGCCGCCCUCGCCCGAGCCGCCCAGCCCGUCACCGCCGGCACCACCCAGCCCUGCCCCACCAUCACCUGCUCCCCCCUCGCCGGCGCCGCCCUCUCCUGUUCCUCCGCAGCCACCCAGCCCGCCGCCUCCACUGCCUCCCAGUCCGGCGCCCCCCAGUCCUUCCCCGCCCAGCCCCUUUCCGCCUUCGCCGCCGCCUCCGUCCCCAACUCCUCCCAGCCCCUCGCCUCCCAGCCCGCUGCCUCCCAGCCCGGCACCCCCCAGUCCCCAUCCGCCCAGCCCACAACCGCCCAGCCCAUCUCCCCCCAGCCCACCGCCGAGUCCCGAGCCGCCCAGCCCCGCGCCGCCGUCACCGGCCCCUCCAAGCCCGGCGCCCCCUUCACCCGCGCCACCCAGCCCUCACCCUCCUGUACCUCCCAGCCCCUCACCACCCAGCCCGGCGCCGCCCAGCCCCGCGCCACCCAGCCCAGCCCCUCCCAGCCCGGACCCACCGUCUCCUAAUCCGCCCAGCCCUGCGCCUCCAAGCCCCACCCCGCCCUCCCCUGCACCACCCAGCCCCCAUCCGCCCAGCCCCCAUCCGCCUUCUCCCGACCCUCCCAGCCCCGCGCCUCCCUCGCCUGCCCCACCCAGCCCUGCGCCUCCCAGUCCCGCGCCACCCAGCCCUGCGCCUCCCUCACCAGCACCACCCAGCCCUGAACCGCCCUCCCCUGAACCGCCCAGCCCGGCACCACCAUCGCCGGACCCGCCCAGUCCCGCACCACCCAGCCCUGCUCCACCCAGCCCGGCGCCGCCCAGCCCGGAGCCGCCCAGCCCGGCGCCCCCAAGCCCUGCACCGCCCUCGCCUGCACCACCCAGCCCCGCUCCACCUUCGCCCGCUCCGCCCAGCCCGGUGCCACCAGCGCCGCCGUCGCCCUCUCCGCCUCCUCCCUCACCUUCUCCUCCUCCCCCAUCUCCGCCAUUCCCACCUUCGCCACCACCACUUCCACCCUCCCCCGAACCUCCGAGCCCUGCCCCACCACGGCCUCCUCCUCUGCCGCCUUUGCCGUCCCCGCCGCCUCCCAGCCCACCGCCCCCGCCCCGCCCACCGCCUCCACCCACGCCGCCGCGGCCGCCACCGCUUGUUUCAGUGCUGGGCAUUCCGGAUUCCUUGUUGGGCGGCAGCAGCGGCAUCACCGCCAGCAACUCGACGUCCUCGGCAGGCGGGAGCACUGGCGACAACGCCACCCAGCAGCAGCCCCCCACAACCGCAUUGCUGCUGCUGACCCAGACCACGACCGUCUCGGACGCCGAUCUGGAGGCAGCAGCGGCUGCAGCUGCGGCUACCGGCAACGGCAGCAGUAGCGACAGUAGCAGCAGCACGGGCGCAGUCUCCAGCGCCGCCCUGGCGGCCCUGUUCCCCGGGGCCUCCAACGUGACGGUGACGGGGCGCUCCGUGACCUUCCCCAUCGGGCUUGUGCAGCUGGCGGUGCUGCCCGUCAGCAUCAGCACUGGGGGCUCGGGCGGCGGAACCAUCGACGUAAACGGCGGCACGAGCACCACCACCCCGGGUGGCGCUAAUGGCGGCACGAGCACCCCCACCACGGGUGGCGCUAACGACCUGUGCCCGGGCGAGCUGGCGGCACUGGCCAGGUCCAUCCGGUCCGAGCUGGCGGCGCGGCUGGGGCUGAACGACAGCCAGGUGUCUCGCAUCAGCUGCACGCUGGACGUGUCGCCGCCAUCCGCUCGCCGCAGCCUGCAGCAGCAGCCGCAGGGCGCUCCACCGCCAUCGGUCGGCAGUGCGGCGCAGCAGCUGUGUGACGCGGGCGGUGGCGGCGGUGCGGGCGGCGGCGGCAACAACCGGACGGCCGUGGCCAUUAACGUGGAGCUCACGCUACCGCCCGACACCAACGUUACGCGGCUGAGGACCUCUAUCCAGGAGGUGGUGGCGGCGCUGUCCGCGGCGCCACAGAACGCCACCGCCUACACCGGCGCCGCCAGCUCGUGGGUGGUGUGCUCGCCGCCGCCCUCCGCCGACUCCAUCCGCGCCGUGGCGGGUGUGGCGGUGACGUACGCGGUGCCGCUCACCGCCGAGGGCGCAGCCGCAUAUGCCGCGCAGUGCGGCGGCGACACAUCAUCAGGCACCACUAGCAGCAGCACCACCAGCAGCAGCACUGCUGCCGCCGUGACGCCGCUGCAGCUGAGCAGCAGUCUGACGUGUGCCCUGGUGCCGGUGGCGGGCGGGCCCACGGUGCCGAGUGACCGUGACCUUAUGGCGGCGCCGCCCGGUGUGGGAGGCAACACCUAUGCGGGCGGCCCACCGCCGGCGGGUGACGCCGGCUCCGGUGGCGGCAGGUCGGGCAUCGACCGGUCCCUGGCGGUGAUCCUGGCGGGCAUGGCUGUGGGCGGCGCCAUACUCAUUACCUGCUCCGUCACGGCGCUGGUGCUGGUGCUGAGGCGGCGCGAGCGGCGACUAGAGGAGGAGGCGAGACGCAAGCGGCUGCGGGAGGAGGGAGGAGAGGCGGCGGCCGCGGCUGCUGCUGCCGCGGCGGGCGGCGGACGAGGACUACAGGCGAAGAGCCCCGGAGGCUUGGAAGGCAGUGGCGGCGCGAUGACACCCGACCGCCACACACCUGGCGGCGGCGGUGGCGGCGGCGGCGCGGCACCCUGGACCACAGCAGGCGGAGGUCUGGUCACCGCAGGAGCCGCCGGCGCAAUGCACUACGGCGCCGUACCGUACAGCGGCAGCAGCGACAGCAGCCGACUGGACGGCGGCGGGGGGGUGGGCGGAGGCAGCAAUCAACUGGCGGUACAGGGAGGGGCCGCCGCGGCCGCGGCGGGCCAGCAGGGCCGCACCGGCGUCUCGCGCUCCGGCGCCGCCGGCAAGAGCGUCAGCCUGAGCGGUGUGGUGCUGCAGCCCGCGGAGCCGUCAAUCCAUGCGGCGGCCCUGGACGCAGCUCUGGCGGCGCUGGUGGGAGGGGGUCGGGGCCUGCAGUGGCCUGGAGGGCCGGAUGGCCCCGCCUCUGCCGCCGCAGUGCUGGUGUCGUCCUCCAACCAGCAGCAGCCCCAGCCGCCUGCCCAGCCGUCGCCGCCGCCACGCCGCAGCCCCAAUCCCUUCCACCUCGCUAGCCAGGGGCCGCGGCUGAGCGGCGACGGCCGCAGCAGCCUGGUCAACGGCGGGGGCCACGCGCAACUGGCCAGCCCCAGCUUUGGCGCCGGGCCCGGACUGCCGCCCGGCGUGGGCGCAAAUGGCGGCGCGCGCUCUGCUGCGCACCUACCUUGGGGAGCCAAUGGUGGGGCCGGCGCAGCGGUGCCACCCGGUGGGGACGCAGGUCUUGGUGGCAGUGGCAGUGGCAGUGGCGGUCGCAGUGGCGGUAUCGGCCGCUGGAGCAGCAGUGGCGUCAUGCCGGCAGGGGCAGGGGCUGCGGCAGGGGCGGGCGCCGCCAUGCACCCCAGCAGCCAGCAGCCCAGUCGGCUGCGUCUGGCCAGCGGCAGCGAUGCGCUGGUGGGUGGCGGUCCGGCGCUGCUGUUACCAACUGGCUCGGGUAGUCUGGGCGUGAUGGCGGGCGGUGCAGCCGGCGGCGGGGCAGUGCGGAGCUACCGGCCCGCACUGGCCAGCCCAGCUGCGACCAGCAACCCAUGGCGCAGCAUGCCCAUCCCGUCAGACCCCACGGCGGACGUGUCAGACGUGGAAACGCUGAGCCAACAGGGGGGCAGCAGCGGCGAUGAGGCCGGUAGCCUGCCCAUCCGCCUAGGUAGUCCUUCCUUGGCUGGGGCAGCGGGCGCAACUGCUGCUGCUGCGGCAGCGGCGGGUGUGCGGCGGCAGCGUACCAGCGGUGGUCUGGCGUCGCCGGCAGCAGCUGCGUCCACUCCAGCGGGCGGCGGCCGGUCUGCUGUGCGGCGGGUGCUGUCGUCGGCAUCCCGCAUGAUGCUGGGGCGCAGCGCCGGCGGCGGCGCGGCUGCGGACGGGCUCCCUGCCAGUGGCCCCCAGAGCGCCAGCGGUGCGAGCCGACACGUGCUGACCACCAAUGUGGCCUUUGAGCCAGGGCCGCAGCAGCCGCAGCCGCAGGCCACCGCAGCAGUCGGCGCCGUGGCCCCGGGGUCCGCUGCCCGUGCGGUCCCGGGGUCCGCUGACGUGGCAGCCGGCACCCGGCGGACCAAGCGGGUCACCCUGGCCCCUGCCGCCGACCCACCUGCCGGUGGUAGUGCCGGUACCCACGGCGGCAGCCUGCCGCGCCGGCUGCACUCACACAGCGGUACGAGCGCCGCCGGGGCCGGCCCGCGCUCAGCCACCGUAGUGGGCGGCAUGGGCGUCGGCCCCGUGACGUUCUCGCCGGGAGCGCGUGCUGGCGCCGGCGCCGCUGGCGUGGCACCGGGACGCACGGGGCCAGGGGCUACGGGGCGCGCAGCCACUGACACGGGUCUGUUGGCCACUGGUGGCCAAGCGCUCCCGCGGCCGCGGCCUCCGGCCUCGGGCUUGGUGGAGGUGGGUGGACUGCCGGGCAGCCCCCGCCGGGCCUCACUGGUCAUGUACGAACAGGCGCCGUCGCCAUCACGCUGAACGAGGAGCUAGGGCGACAGCAGCUGCCUGAGCAGCUGCUGCGCAUUCACCUUCUGCGCGCUUGGAAAGAAUGCCCGCGCGUUACGUCGAAGCCAUUUUUUCGUCAGCGUGUAUGCAGUGUAUGCAUAUAUUCGGUGGGAGCGCUGGGUAACGCAAGCGAUGUCGUGAAACUGGUUGGACAAAGGACUUGCCGCUAGCGCCGCUUAAAGGGGAAGUCUUCACGGCAUGUUACACUUACUGGGUGGCCCCCCUCGCUGCGCUCCCAGGACUUGUGUGGCGGCCAUUCUACUAUUUUCCUGCUUUCUCUCGGUAGGACACUCCAAUGCACGCAUGCACGCAAAGAAUUUAUGCUCUGCCUACCCUAGUCGUGCAUUUUCUGCGAGCGGUGUGAUACCCGCAUCGUGCAUUUGACGAUUUCGGUACUACUGAUGGAUGGUGUUCCGCCAUACGGAAAAUUUUGGAUUGGGAUUUGCUUACGACACGUGUGGAACGAGGGACAAUCUGAGUUUUCGGGUCUGAGUGUUCGAGUGUCCGGGCUUUCAUUAUCUUAUCCUGUUUUGUUUGGUACUGGAGAGGGUUUCUGUCUACUCUUGAGGAUGCCGAGUGGCAUUCGUCACUCAAGGUGGGGCGGCUGAGUUCCUGUUGCACAAACAACGAAAUUUGUGGGAGCAUGUACUUUAUCUUUUGCCAGGGGUGGUCUGAUGAUGUAGUUCUGGGCCGCCAAAGGUGGGGUGUCAGUCAUCGUCCUUGGGGGUCCGAGAGCCCAUCAUGGCGGAUUGCAGGAAGCGCCCCACAAGCAGAACUAUGGGCCAAACGCAGCAUCAUGUGGCUCAGACAUGCAUGUUAUGCCGUAAUAAGCAGAAACAAAGCGUGGGAGAUCCAUUUGCGCGUCCUGGCGUGGACAUGUUGGCACGUGUCCCCACAAACGACACAUGCGCACGGACAUGGCGGGGCUCUCAAGCGCUGGUGCGCAUGGAUUCAUGUUUAACAAGCUGCCCAUACAUCACAUCGCAUAGAUUGGAACGGGGUGGUGGGCGGGGUCGAGGGGAAAGAUUGCGGCGUGUGAUCGAAGCCUCAGAACAGGACCGCCGAUGGCACAGCGUGAUAGCGCUCGUCAGAAUGGGUCGAUUGGCACCACUUUGGAGGUUCACAACCCCUCAACGACAAGGUUUUGUCCGUUGGG